CGUUACUGGAUUGGUCCGGUUUGGAACCUACGGUAACAGACAGUGAUCCUAGAGGAACUUUCUUGAAGCAGUUGAAAUGACGGAAUUACCCAUAGCAGCCUUUUGAAAUUCCCUUUUAAGUACUCGGUGUCUCUCUCAGAUUCAGCGUUUAGAGAGAAAGAGAGCAGAGGGUUUGAAUCGGAGAUUCUUGUCAGUUUCAAUGUCGACUCCAGCAGAAUUCUAUAAUUCUCUUCCACCCAUAAGCAAGGCUUAUGGGACCAUGUGUUUGGUUGCCACUACAGCAUUCCAUUUGGGAUUGUUUCCGCCUAUGUAUACCGCUUUAAUAUAUGAAUUGGUAUUCAAGCAUUUUCAGGUGUGGAGGCUUGUUACAAACUUUUUUUUCCUUGGAAAAUUUUCAAUCAAUUUUGGAAUUCGCCUCUUAAUGAUAGCCAGAUAUGGGGUCCAGCUGGAGAAGGGAGUAUUUGAAAGGCGCACGGCAGAUUUCUUGUGGAUGAUGAUAUUUGGAGCUCUGACAUUGCUGGUAUUAUCAGCAAUCCCUCUGUUGUGGACUCCCUUCUUAGGGGUUUCAUUGGUAUUCAUGCUUCUAUAUGUCUGGAGCAGGGAGUUUCCGAAUGCCCAAAUUAACUUAUAUGGACUUGUUCAACUCAAGGCAUUUUAUUUCCCUUGGGCAAUGCUUGCUUUGGAUGUUAUUUUUGGUUCACAGAUUCUGCCAGACCUGUUGGGAAUUGUUGCAGGGCAUCUAUACUAUUUUUUGACGGUGCUGCAUCCUCUUUCCACAGGGAAGAACAUAUUAAAAACUCCAAGAUGGGUGUAUCCUUGUUUAUGUUUUCAUUUUGAAAUUCCAUUCCCCAGCUUGGCUAACAAACCAUUAAUAACAAAAAUAAAAUGCAAAAUACAACUGAUGUCCCAUCUUGUAUUGGCUAUAAAAUCUAUCAUAAAUCUGUACACUGUCUACUCACUUUGAGGAGCCUAAGCAGGCUUCACCAGGGUCACUUAAUUAUAGAUAGCCUGUUAAAUAAAUGGAAGUUUAUAAUUGUAAAUAAUAUCCUAGAGAACUCUAGCAUUUGCUUCUGGAUUUUUGGAUGGGGUCCACAUGGUCAUUUGAAUAAAUGGGUUUAUGUGGGUUCUUAUCCUUAGCGAUGGAGCUAGUUUGACUGAGCAAAUAUAUAUAUGUAUGUAUAUAUAUUUUCUCGUUGUUAUUAUUAUUACUAUUUUUACUUUAGAUGGCCAUUUGAAUGGAUGGGCCUAUGUUGGGUUCUUAUCCAUAAGCAAAAUGGAGCUAGUUUGACUGAGCAAAUACUUACUUUUUUAUUGUUAGUAUGAUAAUUAUUGUUUUGUUAUUAUUUAUUCUUUAUUUUGAGGUCAGAUUUCAGAAUGAGAUAACAAGUAAAUUCUUGGUCCAUUUUCUUCUUGGAGAGUUUCUGCAUGAUUAUGACAUUGCUAGACUUGUCUCAGGGUCAUAAUGAUGUUUGUCUUUCCUCUGUUCCAUUUUCAAGUGAUCAUAGCUAGGUUAUGUCAAGUUUCAGAAGCUCAUUUUCCUCUUUCUCACUGGAGGAUCCUUCAUGUCUUAUAUAUGUGCAUGAUUUUUAUUUUUUUUUCUUCUUUUGUAGCUAGGUAGAAAUUGAAUCAAGGUGUGUGCUCCAUAGUGGUCCCCAUGUUAACGCCAGACCAAGACACCUUUGGUCUUGCAUUUUAUUUUGAUAUUGUUUCAUGCUUUCGUUUUCCAUUUUUGUGAAGAAAUACUCUUAGAUAUUUGGAGGAAGUUUAUGAAGUUAUGCACACUACACAAAUUCCUUAACUUACAUGAUGCAGGCAUAAACUGGUUGCCCGCUUCAGAAUUGGAUAUCCGACAACUGCACCUGCCCAGCCUGAACGGGCAGCCGGCGUGGCUUUCAGAGGAAGAGGUUACCGGCUAAAUGGAUGAGAGGUACUCACUCUCUAUGUAUCAUCUUCCUCCCCAAUUUUAGAUGAUGCCACUAACGACGAAUGACAGACGUUUCAACGCAGAAACUAUAAAGAGUUAGUAGUAAUGGAGCAGUUGAUUUUCCCCCACUUUUGGGCUUCUAUACCUUGUGGCAUCAUUUGCAUCUGAACCUGAGCAAAAACUUUGUAGCUAAGGCAGUUAUAUUGAAUAUGACCGUAGGAAGUGAGGAUUUUCUUCUUCUUUUUCUUCAUUCAUUUCUUUCCCUUGAGGGAGAAUUGAUCUCUUGUUCAGUGAGAUUGCAGGAUCAAGUUUAAUGGUAAUGUGAAGGGGAGUCUCUCUCUGUCUGAAAGUUGUCAA